UCUUUAUUACUGGGGGGAAAGCGGAGAGGAGACGGCACAGACCGUGGCGGGGGGGACGGCAGAGAGGAGGACACCGACACCGACAGUCGGCGGCGUCGCUCGGAUGGUGUUGUUGUUGUCGCUGCUCCGGACGCGGCGACGAUGCGGCCACACUGCUGGGUGAUGGUGGCGCUGGCGGGCAUCAUGUCGUACCUCAGCCCGGAGAGAGCGCUCGGAGCCCCGCAGAGGGAAGUUUCUCAGUCCAGGGCUGCAUCCCUGUCUCCUCCACCCUAUGUGGUCAUCAUCAUCUCUUGCUCGGGGCUCGUCUCUUUUGUCCUGUUGCUCCUCACCUGCCUGUGCUGUAAAAAAGGAGGAGUGGGAUUCAAUGUAAGUCUUCAACAUGAGUUUGACAAUGCCGACGGGGAGGAAUGCUCUGGAGGCUCCAGUCCCAUUCAGGAGGACAGCCUGUCGUCGUGUCCCUCCCUCCCUGAGGUUUACACCUUACCAGUCAGAGACAGGCCCACCUGCCCCGCCCUGCAGGAUGGAGCAGACUCCAAGUCUCAGUGCUUCAACAGACACACUUUAAACUACCUGCAGGAGAUAGGGAAUGGCUGGUUUGGAAAGGUGAUCCUGGCUGAAGUGCUGUGUGACUGCAGCUCCUCUCAGGCCGUGGUGAAGGAGCUGCGCGUCAGUGCCAGCCCUCUGGAGCAGAGAAAGUUCUUGGCCGAGUCGGAGCCGUACAGGUUGGAGAAACUGCUGAAGCCCGGGAGCCUGAAACAUCCUAACAUCCUCCAGUGUUUGGGGCAGUGCAGUGAGAGCAUUCCUUUCCUUCUGGUUAUGGAGUUCUGUCAGCUGGGCGACCUGAAGAGGUAUCUGCGAGCCCAGCGCAAGUUAGAUGGGAUGACUCCAGACUUGCCAACACGGGAUUUGCUGACCAUCCAGAGAAUGGCUUUUGAGAUUACCUCGGGCCUGCUGCAUCUCCAUGAAAACAACUACAUCCACAGUGAUUUGGCUUUAAGAAACUGCCUGCUGACCUCUGACCUCACUGUGAGGAUCGGCGACUACGGCCUUUCACACAACCAUUACAAGGAGGACUAUUACCUAACUCCAGACAAGCUAUGGAUCCCACUACGCUGGAUUGCUCCUGAGCUGCUGGAGGAAUACAGAGGAUCUCUUAUUGUUACUGACCAGACCAAGACCAGCAAUGUGUGGUCCUUGGGCGUGGUGAUAUGGGAGCUGUUUGAAUUCGGCUCUCAGCCCCACAGACACCUAAGUGACGAAGAGGUGCUGACCUUUGUUAUUAGGGAGAGACAGAUCACAUUGGCCCAGCCCAGACUCAAACUCUCCCAUGCGGACUACUGGUAUGAGAUCAUGCAGUCCUGCUGGCUACCUCCAUCUCAACGCCCUUCUGUAGCUGAGAUAUUCCUCCUCCUCUCCUCCCUGCUGGCUGCUGAGCGAGGAAUGGCCAGGGGGAGUGUCGGGGAAGAGGAUGAAGAGGACGAGGAGUAUGAGGAGGGCAGAGCAAGGAGAGGCGAGAGUGAGGAGUCGUUUGAAAGACGCUGGGACUUACUACGUCCACCUGCCUUCCAAACGGCAGCACACGACCGGCAAAGGGAGAGAGAGUAUGGCAGGGAAGACAGAGACAACUCCUACCCCAUGCUGGACCCUGUGGGGAACUGUAUCACUCCGUCCUCAUCUGAACUGGAUGACAUCCUGACAGUCACUGAAACCAGCAAAGGCUUGAACUUUGAGUAUUUCUGGGAGAAGGCUCAUGCCAGACGAGGCUACAAGCCCCUUCCACCUCCCCAACCAAUCCCUACUGUGAUUAAUAACCACAGACAGUCUUUGGACACUCCUACUGUGGUCCCUGUUAUAAGUGCUCGCAGUCCCUCCCUCGCCAGCGAGUACUACAUCAGGUUAGAGGAGCACACUCCCCAGGACAAGUCGCCAACUCUUAGAGGGAAGGCACAGUCCUCUUUCCGUUCUGACUCGAUUUGCCCUGGAGACAUGGAGCUGGUGGAGAUUCGCAGUGGGAUGUUAGGUAAAGAGCGCAUCCCUUAUUGUUCCUCUGACAAGUGUGGAAAGGGGCUCCAGACCAUCAGAUCCAGUGAGGUUCAGCUCCAGGUGCCCAACACAGGUGUGGCAGAGUUCAGAGACACUUCCUGCAGAGUGACGGACUUCUCUGUAGUGGAUUUAGGGGAUGAUGAUGAAGAGGAGAAGACGAAGGGCAGCGUUGGAGAUAAAAAAUCCUCAACAAUUUCCCAAGCCCCAGUCCUCCCUCCCAAGCCUCGCUCUAUGUCCAUGUCAUCAGCCAACCACCAUCACUCACGCCCCCUCCCCGCCCCUCCACUUGGAUAUAGAGGACUGCCUCACUACAGCAUUAGCGGAAAAAUCAAGACAGACCCCCAUCACAUGAGCAGCUGCCCACCUUCUGCUUUUGACCACUUGGGGUUCCAUCGUUCCCGACAGACUCUUCCCCCAUCACCAUCCCUAUCCCCUUCCCUCCCCCCAUCGAGCCAUCCAAUUUACCCUCAACCUCCUCAAAUGUGUCCUCCACCUCUACCUCCCCACUCCAAAACACAAAGAAACUGCCCCAGCUACAACACAACUGACACUUACUCAAGAUACAGUAAGCCGCAGAUGCAGAGAUCUUAUAGAGACCCACUAUCCUGUGACUUGUCUGAUAGAGACAGCGCAACCAGGCAUGCUGCACCAUUGCACAACUCCAAGGAGACUUCUCAUACACGUGCAAAAAGCUUUGACUCCCCUGUUCGUCGAGAAAACCCUUUGCGCCCGAUUUACCGCAAUCUACCCCGCCCUCAGCCCACAAACCAUCAGACUGAACGUCAGUCUUCAUCUAGCCCCACCUACUCUGAUGAGGAUGACUCUCCCUUCAUGUCUCCUGAGAGACCCAGCGGUGGGACUACGGUCACUCACUCCAGCCUAUCUGAAGAUGCAGACCCAGCCACUGCAGAGCUCUUCUUCAGGGGAAUGAAAAGGACUCAGUCACGGCUUGACACCAUCCUGCCUGCCAUUUGGAAGGAAGAUUCUGAACUUCAGGCAGAACGUGUAGCUGCAGCCAAAAAAUCCCCCAUGCAUCUGUUUCUGACAGAGAUAUCUACGGUGACAGAGUCUAGUGAGUCCAAGUCAGAGGCUUCAUGGGAGGGAGAGAAGGAGGAGAAACGGGAUGGAGAGAGAUGGGGGAACUUUGUGCUCCCCAACAGAGGGAUGCGCCGUUCCCAGUCGCUGAUUACAGAGCUGGGCUCAGCGGGGCAGUCAUGGGGGGCAGAAAAACAUAUCAACAGGACAGGAGAUGAGGGGGACUAUACAGUUACUAAAGAAUCAUUUCAGGGGGAACUUUUCCUCACAGAGAUUGAUACAGGAAAGAUGGACACAGAUGUGGAGGGAGGAUCAGAAAGUGACACAGUGAAAUACCUCUAUCCGGCAGGAUCCAGAUUGCAACCCUACGUCGGCACUCCAGGCCUCCCCUCAUACACUGAGGCUGAGGAGGCUUAUUCAAAGGGUAUACGGAGGUCCCGUUCUCUGCUCUCUGAGAUCACCAUCAGCAACCAGGAGUCCGAUCUUAAGCAGACUGAGAAGGAGCCACGGAGAACUGAAAUGACUAGGGAGGAGUUCCUGAAGGAGAUCCAGUCAGCAGAGACCUUUUUGACUGAAAUAAUAUCAAGACAAAAUGCUGCAUCAAACAGGAAAGAAGGCGAAUCGUCUUACUCCCCUACUCCACUAUCACCUGAAUAUGAGUCCAUAUGCAUUGACCCAAACUCCACUCAGACCAUUAGUUUUCAGUCAGAGACCUCCAUACGAGCAUCCAGCAAAGGCAAAGACGAUACACAAACUGAGGCCAUCUAUGCCCAAGUGACCAAGCGUGCUAAAAAGAGUGAGAUAAAGGUUUCUAUCAGACCCGACAUCCCAAUCCUUCACAUAGGAUCAAACAAACAAAAUCUCAAACUGGACAGCCAAGGAAACAAUGCUGACCACUGCCAAUCUGAUGAGUUCGUGUUUUCAGAAAUAAUGCCCAAAAACGGUCUACUCCACAACCAAACACUUGCAUGUCAGAAAGAAGAGGAGUGUGCCGAUGGCCCUGCCUUACCUGCUAGAGGAGAGCAAACAGAUCCUUCAGAGGAAUCUCUUAUUGAGAGUGUUAUAGAAUCCAACACUGUAACACUGCAUGAGAACCAAUCGCUUUUUACAAACAAAGCAAAUACUCAAAAGGCUGCCGUCAUAGGGAAUGGAGAGAUAAUGAAAGAAGGCCUACAGGUCACUAGUCCUGAGAAAGGAAAUCAAAUGUCUGGAAAGACUGAUACCACAUCAUAUGACCCUGAGAAAGAAGAGAACCAAACUGAUGAAGUUUCUGUUGAAAACAUCAUAGCAGCUGAUUUGGAGAACAUUGAUCAUAGUCCAGAAAAAUACUGUAAAAUUGCCCAAAAGGCAGCCACUCCUACCACCACACCAACCACUCCCGACUGGGACCCAUCCUCUGAAGUGUCACUUGCCACCCCCACUGACUCGGUCCUGUCACCUAUGACUUCCAGCUCAGCCGACUGCCUCACACCUAGUGAUUCAUGGACAGGAGGAGGAGGAGGAAUGGGAAGCAGCGGGUGGCGAGCUCUGGGAAAUGAAACACCACAUCGAGACUCUGCCUAUUUCUCAGACAGUGACUGGGAGGGGGACGGGAUGAGCAGGAGGAGCAGUGAAGGACUUACUGCCACUAGGCCGAGCAGUGGUCGAGGAGGGGAUCGGGGAAUACUGAUGGGGAUUGAGGAAAAAACCGAGGAAGAGGGAGAGCUGGGGGAAAAGAGUCCUUUGAGAAAUAGUGUACAGAUGUUAGUUAAAAAAACUGAAGCUGAAGAAACUGUCAUGACAUGUGAAGAGAAGGGUAUCUAUUACAAAGAUAUUCUAGGCAAAGGGUUGGAGUCAACACACAGAGAUGACUCUGGCAUUUUCAACAAUGAAAGCAAGAAGUCAACUUUUCUGUGUGAUGAUCCCCAGGCAAAGGACUGUGUUGACCUAAUUGAUACGUUGUUUUCUAACUUAGAUGAUGAGCCACUAAAAGGGCUGCCACACAGUGGUGGGUAUGCGUUAGACAACCACUACACAGAUGGCAUCAUCUCUCAGAUAACAGAUUGCAGAUACCAGGACUCUGCAGAUAACGACUUCAAUCUACGAUCCAAAAGUCUUGCUGAGUCAAAUGUUGUGAUCAAGUCUGUAUCUGGCAGUCAAUCGAAAGACAGCAUGUUAAGCAUGGAAGAUCACACAAGUGUCUCAGAGAUAGAUAUUGAUCACUCUGCACUAAAUUCCCUCAAAUAUGGAAAUGUCACUGUGGAAACAGUGGCACCAUCCAAAGUUGCCAACGGAGAGUCCAGAAUGUCUCAACUGUACAGCAUUCAAACCAGUAAUGCCAUACUCACAGAUGAAAUGCCGUCAGUGACUGAGCCAAGUGUUGAUGGGAACUCUGUCAAUGAUGAAGUUAGUGGACUGACAUGUCUUUGGGCUCAGGAGUGUGCUGAAGAACCUGAGAGACGUGAAGACAGGUCUGGUCUAGACCACAAUGAGUUGGGCCUGAGAAACCUCUGCUGCUCAGAAAGCAGUGAGGACAAGAAGAUCACAACAGAGACGGAGAAACAGCUGGCUGCUGCAGAGAUGAGUAACGCCAUGAAGGAAAAGUCGCCACUGAGAGGAGCAGCAAGUGGAAUGGAUUCAGCCAACAAUGUGGAUAAAGAUUGCGAGGGGCUGGAUGUGAAAACGAAAGAGCUAUGGAGAGCUAUGGAGGAGGAUGAAGAAACACCAGGACCUGAUGUAGUUAGAGGGGAGUUCGACUGCCACCGUUUUUUACAAUCAGGGGACUUGCGCUUAUGGCCUGAUGAAAAUGACCAGUGGGCCUCUCCCGAAAAGAGGUGCCAAGAUGUGGAGCUAAGAUCUGAGUUUUUCUCUGGCUUCGGUAAUAAGGCAUGGGAGGUGGGGGAUAGACUUGUAGUGGGUCAGGAGUUUUGGGAGACUGAAGAAAAUGAUGAACUUGCAGGAAGUGAACCCCACCCUGUUGUCUUUGAUGGUUGUGAAGAAAUGUGGAAUGAUGAAACACAAGGAAUAACUGGUCAUCUCAGCGUGAAGGAAAAAAUGGAUCCUGAAGACAGUGAUACCCAACAGGCUGCCCGAGCAGUACAAAUACAACAGGAGGAAAAUAUUGAGAAUCUGAGAGAAAUUGACAGUUUUAACAAGGAGCCAAAAAGAGAAAUCUCUGCUAUUGAAGUUGAGAACAUGGAAAUUCCAGAGCAGGAGACCUUGGAACAAAGAGAGAGGCAGAUUUUAUCAUGCACAGAGACAGUCAUGGACAGGGAAGGUCGGCUAGAUUCCACGGAGACAGAGGAAAAUCAAAAUUUUAACAGAUGGCAUCAGAAUCACCUCUGCAUGAUCCUAAAGGAAGAGCAGGCAUCAACUGAACAUGUUGACGAAGAAGAAGGUUCUGAUUUAGAAAGCAACUUAAGUCUAGAGGAUAAAAGUGCUCAUAUAUCUAUUUGCAUCAGUGAAGCUCCUUGUGUGAACUCUUCAGACCUGGAAAAUGUUGAACCAGACUCGGAUUUAGAGGCUGAAGUGAGACCACAGCUUUCAAGGCGAUACAUAGAAGAUAGAAUCAGCAUUAUGAACGAAGAGGAGGACAGGACUCUUAAUUUAAAUCCCAUCUCUUCUCCUUGUGACCUUGAUGUACAGGAGGAGAUAGAUCCACAGGUAGACAAUUUCAGCUCUGUAGAUUUUCCAAGUCCUCCACCAAGCAUAGACCUUGAUGUGCAAGAUGAUAGAUUGGAGAGUUUAGACGACUCUUUUCCUAGUCCACCGCUAUCUGUUAUCGAGGCAGAGGAGUUCAUUAGUCACAUUAAUCUAGAAGACUUUAUUGCAAGCACUGACACAGAGCCGUAUAUUUCCUCAGCUCAUAACAAAGAUGUGUCACAGCCUCCUCUGCAAGAAUCCCCACAUGCUACAACUCAGAGUCAAGGGAUCUUAGCCAAUCUGAACCUCCCCACUGUGCAUAUAACAAUGCAUGAUGAGAGCAACCUUACAUCCAACAGUGAAAAUCAGGAUGAACAUGAUAACCUUUUCCAGAAAACAUCACCUUCCACCCCAUCUUUACCCCAAGCUCCACCCAACAAUCUCCCAGAAUUAUUGAUUUCUGAGUGGAAAGAUUUAGACGAGGAGCCCUUGGAGGACUUUGAAAAACUGGAACAGUUGUGCUGCAUAUCUGGGGAUGAGGAGGGAACUCUGGGGGAGCUUUUCUUGGGGAACCUAGAGCUCCUGGAAUCUUUGAAGAAAGCACCUGAUCAGAGAGGUGGCAGUGCUGGGUACAGGGAGAGAAGUGAGGAGAUAUGUGACUCCUGUUCUCCUGAGGGGAGCAGAGUGGAUCUGAAGGAGGACGGAAUCUCUGAUAACUCUGAUAAGCUCAGGGAGUCUGCACUUCCCAUGAUCCUGGAUUCCCAAGACAGACUGUCACCUCACAAGGACAGCAAUGAUGUGCUGAGAUCAUCAGGCCAGACAUCUGACGUCAAAGACCAGGGAUCACUUUCUAAGAUGACAACAAAAAAUGGCCUAAUGAUGCAGGUGUGUGAGGAGAGGCUGCAGUUCUCUCUCAGUGAAAAUGUGAAAACCAAUGUACUUUGGGGAGCGACCGUUAAAGACACUGUAAUGCUACGGCCCUGGGGGGAACAAAUCACAGAGAGCAAUGAGCUGGCCACUGUGAAUGAGCAGAAAGAGGAUGAAAGUCAGGAGGAGCAGAAAACUGUUCCCAGCAUUCAGCCUCACAUUGACUCUGACAAAAAUGAUGCUGAGUCGCUCACUGUGAUUGAACAACCUGAGGUCACAACACCUCAGCCCACUGGAAACCAGGCAAUGAAAGCAAAACUUGCUCGUCUGUCUCUCGCCCUCCCUCCUCUUGCUCUGACUCUCCCCCUCACCCCCACCGGCAAAGGAGGAUUUGGGGAUGGGCCGAUCGGAAAUCGAAUCGGAAGGCGGAGAGGCCUGUCGUCAGGGAGUGACCUUGACGAUGAUGAGGAGGAUGAGCAGGAGGACGAAAGUUCUCGGAGGGUGAUUGUUGUCACAGAAACAGACGUGGACAAACGUGUUGGGCUGAGAAGUUUGCUGAAGUCCCCCAAGGAACCGAUGGACAGAGAAAAGGACAGAGGGCGAAAUGUGUCCUUUUUUGAUGAUGUCACAAUCUAUCUUUUUGAUCAGGAAACUCCAACUAAUGAGUUGAGCAGUUCAGCACCCACUAGUCCAGCCCCAGUGUCGGUCAAAAGCACCAAGUUGGAUUUGCGUGGGACAAACAUCAAAAGCAAAGAAUCAAAAAGGAAAGAGGAUUUAUCAUAUAAACCAAGGUCACCUGUGGGGGCCAAACCAGCGUCAUCAUCACGCUUCACUGUCAGCCCUGCAAAUGACCCCCACUUGGUGUGAUGUCACGCGUCAUCUCGGGAACCUACAGAGCUGAACCCUCUUGGACAGGCCAAUGAAUUAACCCCAACAACCAGCCAUUCAACCAGAGGCUAUUUUUUUAUUGAAUAGGCAACUGAAGGAAUGAGACUCCCGUUCUAAAGGCUGGACACAUUCCAGGUUUUACCAGUGACAGGAUUUUGUAUGACAGGAGCUGUUGUGCUCCUGCCUGCCAUUGUUUACAGAGUUUAUUCAGAGCCUUUGGCUACAAGAGGUCUUUGGAAAAGGCAGCAUAUGCUAGUAGAAGUGGAGCCUGGAGCUUUGUAAAAUCUGAAACAGAUUUGCCAGCUAUGCAGUGGGAGUUUCGCUGUAUACCAGCUUACCUUCUCUUUUUCUGCUUCAUUCUGUUGUAUUUUUCCCCAGAUUUGUGGGAAAUGCACUUUCUUUAGUCAUCCAUCUGUCUGUGUAAACGCUUGGAUUCCAGUCCUCGCUUAAUUAAAGAAGUUGUUCAAUGCAGUCAGUAAGUUGUUCUUGUAGGCAGCAGUUUGGAACAGAAAUUGCGAAAUUCCUCUAUUUGAGAAUACGCAUUUACAUUUGUACAAAUAUCAUAAUACAGGUGUAUACAGUAUCAUUUUAGAGCUGUUUACUUUUAGAUGUAUUCUUAGACUGCACGGAAAAUCAAACAAGCUAUGUUCCUUAAUACUUUGUUUUAAAGGUUUCUCUUAUAUUAUUUAUUGUUCAGUAUUUAUUUUAUUAUUAUCCAUUUAAGUAAAGAUAGUUUCCAUGCAAAUUUAUUUAUUUAUUUAUUUGCUUUUGUGCAAUUAAAAUGUAUUAACCUAACUUAAUUUUGUUUGGGACAGAAUACAUCUAGGUUAUAUCUUCUCUUCUAAGAUCUUCAUAACAUAUAAAUCAAAAAUAUUUUCCCAAACUUACUACUUGCUAAAAAAGUAUUUUGUAUAAUUUAACUUGUUAAUAUAUGCCCAUCUGUAUGGAACUAUGUCCUGUAAUGUUUGAUUAUUUUCCAUGUCUAUGAAUUUUUAGCUGUCUCGUCAUUCUUUUACCUUCUUUAAAGACAGUUAAUGUAGCUUAGCAUGAUAAAAUGAAGCCUUUCAUCAGUAAAUAACUCCAUUUGUUUGUGUAUCUGUUAAUUUAUGCCAUUUUCUACUAAUAAGAGUCCAUCAUGCAGUCGAGGUCCAAACUAGUCCAUUUGUUUAGUCUGUUUAAAUGUUGGUUUAAAACCUGUAUUGUUUAAAGAAUGGUUUUCAAGGGAUGAUGUAAAAACAAGGGGAAAUAAAAACUACAAAAUGUGAA